AUACGUCUGCUGAAGUUCGAGAUCGCCCGUGACCACACAUUGUACUUUGCCUUAGAGGCUUUUCUACUGGCAGAUGCGCCGCCAUACUUGGCCCUCUCGUAUACUUGGGGGCCUGCAGAGGAGUCGGAGUUCGCUCGCCGCAAUGCAGCACAGCUUAAGCACGACGAGCCUCCCAAACCCUGUACCGUAAUUGUCAACGGCAGCACAGUACAAGUCACAGCUAAUCUGAACGACUUCUUCCGCCACUACGAAGCACACGUGGACAGUGCCAACUAUGCGAGCCUUCAUAUCUGGAUUGACGCCCUAUGUAUCAACCAAAGUGACCGCAUUGAGAAAGCCGUCCAGGUCAUGCAAAUGGAUCGCGUCUACUCCUGUGCCCAAUGCGUUGUCGUUUGGCUUGGC